UACAUAUAUAUCCGAAGAUAAAAUUUAAUAUGAUCAUUUUCACGGGGUUUACCAUUCUUGGAUGACUUGGAAGGUCAUGCGCAAGAGGGCCAUAUCUUCGAGGGUGGGUGUGCCGGAUGGCAGCAAAGUUCUUGCACAAUGCACGAGUCACCACCAUCGACGGAUAUGAUUUGAAGGGAUCAACGGGGGCGCGGUCGAGAUUCUACACCAGGAGGUAUAUAAACUCCGACGAAGAAAAGCACGAGUACACUCGACGAUCAGAACUCAGCAAGAUGAAAGCUCUCUUCGUAUCUCAGGUUAUCAUACUUGUGGUUUGCACCACAUUUGCUACCGGUGCACCAUCCUCUCGAGAACGUCGUGAAAUCUACUCUGGUUACGGACACGGUUAUCAUGGUGGAUAUCCUGGACAUGGGGUAGCCUUGGCUGGACCAUUACUAGGUCAUACAAGUGUGGCUGGUCCUCACGUUGGAGCAUCCGUUCUUUCCGGACCCUCGAUUGGACCAGCAAAAUUAUCCGGUUCAGCUUCUGGACCGGUUCAUGUAUCUGGUGCUGUAGCUGGUCCAGCCGUUGUCACAGCUUCCGUUGCUGGACCUGCAUAUGUCGAAGGUUAUAACGGACCGUACGAUGGUGGAUAUUAUUCCUCUCCUUCGCUAGGAGGUUAUGCUUCUCCUGGCUAUAUUGGUUACGCGGGAUAUGCAGGACCCGCAGGACACGGUGGAUACGGUGGAUACGCAGGAGCUGCAGGGCACGCAGGACACGGAGUAAUCCUCGCAGGACCUGCAUCCCACGGUGCUGUUGUAUCAGGACCCCAUUCCGGUGGUUCGUCAGUCGCCGGUCCUCAUGCCGGUUCGGUGAUCAUCGCUGGUCCCUCGGGAAAAAUCACUGCUCAUGGUGCAGGAUACGGUAGUGUUCAUGCUGGAUUACAUAAUCACGGUCAUUGGUAACGAGAGUGACGUCCCAUGAAAUGCAUUUAAUACUUGUCCCUAAAAUGCUCCGAUUUCUUUCUUAUAUCCCUUCAAUCAUUAUUAUUAUUUUUUCUUUCUUUCUAUAUAUAUAUUACACGAUAAGCUACGUUCCUUUGUGCGUUUUUAUCAUAUUUUUUUUUUUAUUACUUUUCUUUUACUUUUUGGAUCCUUUCCAACCUUUUCUCUGACGCCAACCAAGUAAUUCAUUAACUUGAUAUUAUUACUUUUUCCCUUUCUCUCUCUCUCUCUCUCUCUCUUCUUCUCUUUUUUUCUUUGUCUGACU